AUGGUACCGUCCUCUUUCCCGGCCUCUGAAUCCAGUCCCCUCCUCCUCUACUCCCCUCCUGCAUUUGCUGCCGUUCUUGGAUGCAGGUCGCAGACUCGCAGGACGGACCCAAAUAGGGGGGCCGAAUGUUCCCUUAGAGUUCCCACGCUUGCUGAUGCAGUGCUGCAAGUGCAAGCCUGCAACCUGACGGCUGAAGCAGUCACGCUCACGCAGAGGAUAGGGAAGCCAAGAAAGAAGCGUUCAGGAAGUAUCUUGAAUCCAGCGGCGUGCUUGAUACCCUCACGAAAGUUCUUGUUGCGUUGUAUGAGGGAGAACGAUAAGCCUUCAUCUGCAGUCGAAUUUGUUCAGCAGAAGCUGGGUGGCCCAUCGAUUUCUGACUAUGAAAAGCUCAAGGCAGAGAAGUUGGAUUUGCAAUUGAAGUAUGAUAAGCUUUUAGAAACCCACAAGGAAACAUGCAGACAGCUGGAGGAACUUAAGAACAUGAAGUAUGGUGCACCUUGGAACUGA